AUGGAAAAUAACACAAUCUAGAAUGGUAUUCACUUAGAGUGUCAGUUUGAGGUUAAGAUACAAUAACAAAUUUAAAUGACAUAAUAAAAGAACUCAGUACUGCUCAAAGAAGUCACUGAAAGACUCUAAGAAAAGUAAUACUAGGCCACUCUUGGAAUUGGCAACAUUUUCUAUGCUGUAGUUGGAUUCAUAUUUUAGUACCAAAGCGAGAGUUUGCUAACUCUGACUAUUCCAAACAUCCUCUUUUACUUGAUUUUAAUUUAUUAUAUUCUUUACUCUUAUCGUGUAAUCUCUUAAUACCUAAUAAUUAUGAAUGUACAUGAGGAAAUAUCUAAAGAUAAUGUACUUUCUUUCUCAAUAGACUUGGAAAUAAAUAAAGAAAGUGACAUUAAAAAGAGCUUUUAAAAUACUCUACUUGAUAGAAUAACUUUUAACAAUACACUUUACGGAUUGUUUGGAUUUUCUAUUUUUGCUUUUCAUUUUAUCUACAUUUUCUUCUUGUGCAGUGAUGACUCUUAAUCUAUACUCUUCUUGGCAAUAAUAUUCACAGGAUACUAUAUUAAUAUAUUCAUCUAUGCCGUUUUACUUGCUAUUUCUACAAUCAAGAAACUCAUUAAAAGAUUUAAAAAAGUUGAAAAAAGUGAAACCUUGUGUCAGAGCAUAAUCUAAAAUGACUAAUGCUGCAUUUGUAUGGACUCUUUCAAAAAAGGAGAGGUUUUAUAACAAUACAGCUGCUGUAACAACAUAUUUCAUACUAAUUGCAUCCUUAAUUGGAAGCAAGUUAGCAAUACUUGUCCUCUUUGCAGACAAAAUAUUUGA